GCCCAUGCUGAAAUAGAAGACUACUGGGACUCUGUACUCUGGAGUGAUGACACCAAGAUAAAUGUUUCUGGAAAUAAUGGCUUCAAAACUGUAUGGCUUCACAAAGGUGAGGAGUACAAAGAAAAAUGCAUGGUACCUAGAGUGAAACAUGGUGGUGGCAGAGUGCUGCAUGCAGGUGUCGGGGAGCUGCAUUUCUUUGAAGGCAUCAUGAAUUCAAUGCUCUAUAUUGAAUUAGAAGUUUUCCAACAUGACAAUCAUCCAAAACACACAUCUAAGGCCACUGUUGCAUUUCUG